UAUAAAUGGCAUUGACGUGAGUGCAGUAGCUUCUAAAAACAGACGUGACACCAGCAGCAAGAGAGAGAGGAGCAACACACCCGGACAAAAGCCGCAGAGGCCUAGUACUUUUGGGGCCUCAUGUUAUUUUCAUAACACAAUAUUUUUCUGACGUUAACCAACUCUUAUUUUUGUUGAGUCUGGGAGCGUGACGAACACCAUGGAGAAUUUGGAGAAGCAGCUCAUUUGUCCCAUAUGCCUAGAAAUGUUUACAAAGCCUGUAGUCAUCCUGCCCUGCCAGCACAACCUCUGCAGGAAAUGCGCCAACGACGUCUUCCAGGCCUCCAACCCGUACCUGCCGACCAGCCGGAGCGGCUCGUUGGCGUCCGGCGGCCGCUUCCGGUGUCCAUCCUGCAGGCACGAGGUGGUCCUGGACCGCCACGGCGUCUACGGGCUGCAGCGGAACCUGCUGGUGGAGAACAUCAUCGACAUGUUCAAGCAAGAAUCCAGCAGCAGCAGCGCGCCGGCGCCCGAGCGCAAGGAGGCGACGUCGCCCAUGUGCGACGUCCACAAAGACGAAAAGAUCAACAUCUACUGCGUGAGCCACAAUGUGCCCACGUGCUCCAUGUGCAAGGUGUUUGGUACGCACAAAGACUGUCAGGUGGAGCCCAUCAGCAGCAUCUACCAGACCAAGAAGACAGAGCUGAACGACGGCAUCGCCAUGAUGCUGGGCAACAACGACAGGUUGCAAGGCAUCAUCAGUCAACUGGAGGAGGCCUGUCGCGCCGUCGAGGAGAACAGUCGACGUCAGAAGAACCUGGUGUGCGAGAAGUUCGACCAGCUGUACACCAUCCUGGAGGACAAGAAGCGCGACAUGAGUCUCAAGGUGACGGCCGAGCAGGAGGAGAAGGACAGCUACAUCAGGGGCCUGACCAGGAAGUACGGAGAUCACCUGGAGGAGAGCUGCAAGAUCGUGGAGAAGGGAUUGGAGAUCAUGGAGGAGCAAGAGAUGGCCGUCUUCCUGCAGAACACAAAACCUCUCCUCAAACAACUAGCAGAAGCAUGUAGCACAUCCCACCUGGAGAAAGUAGAGCGAGGCUACGAGGACAUGGAUCACUUCACCGCCGACUUCCGGCAGGAGCGCAAGGUGUUGGGCAGCAUCGACUUCCUCCAAGACGACGAAGAUGACGAGGAGGAGGAUGAGGAUGAAGCGGCGGGGGUGGCGCAAGUAGAGGCGGCGGCGCCUGCAACCGCCGCGCCUAGCACGGCCGCCGGCUCUUCCGCGCCGCUGCUUGCAGCCGCGAGCCCGCAGACAAAUCCCGUUCCCGCCGCAGCCAAGAGCGCGGCGUCCACCUAGAGUCAGUCAGGAUACUUUUGGGGCAAAAGUGACAAAGAGCUCCAUCAUUCUUCUGUUGUUCUGGGCUUGCUGGGCCAGCUGCUCCGCCUUGGACAUCUCCAUCAUCUCCCGCAGCAGGUGGAAGGUGAGGUCCAGGGAUAUGGGCGGGUCCUCGGACCGGCGUCCCCGCUCCACCGAGUCCCCCUCGUCGCCAUUCUUGAAGCCGCCUCGAACGUUGCCCACUUUGCCUUGCAAAAUCCGCCGAGUCAACUGGAGCUGCAGCGCCCGGUUCAAGAGCCCACCGGCUCCCAGGGGGUACAUGGACGAAGGGGGGAAAUAGUUUGAGUCGCCGUUGCCCAGCCGGAUGAAGUACUCCUCCCCGAGGCGUUCCAGGAUGGGACCCGAGGGCGACCUGUGUUGCUGUUGUUGCUGCUCCAAUUGCUGGACGUUCGGGCUUUGCGCAGCCGGGAGGCGCGGGGCUCCAGCGGGGCUCUCAAUAGCCCGACAUUCGCGGCGCGGGAGGAAGGCAACGAGCAGAAUCACGGUGGUAGCAAGUAAAUUGAGCUUCAUGUCAGGACGUGGACACAAAAAUCUGCAGGGAAAAGGGGAACAAAGUCGUUUCGGUUGCUGCGUCAUGCGCAUUUACGCACCGUUUUACGCAUCGCUUUUUCGGGAAACUUGUUGCAGUUAAUUCAUCGAAGUGUUCAUCUUGUGUCAUUUCAAAUACACUAAUGAUUUUAAACAAGGCUCAUUUCUCGGCAUACCUUCACUGUGUAGAGGAGACCCAAUGCGGUGGUUGGUUGUUGGUUGCCGCGUAUGCUUGGCGCGAUGCCCCGCCGUCCUCCUUUUUCCCCCCCACGAAUACAGUUGUGUGGUGACAGUGGUGGUUACUUUAAAGUGAGAAAGAUGUGUUGAGUGGACUUGUAUAUAUAGUGCGCGUCUCGCUAAACGUGUCGAGGCGCAUUGAGUCUGCGCGGUUCUCGCCGUGGCUGCAUCGUCAAUGGACGCCCCUUCCCCUCUCCCCCUCCAUCCCGCUCACCA